AUGUCAACUGAAAAUGUGCUUGAAAAGAAAACAACUGUUGGGAUUUCAUUUGUAGCUAAAGAUGAUCCGGCAGCAGCUCUACAGGAUACGAAUGAAGCCAACCCAAAGCAUGAUUCAAGCAAUCAAAAAGUUGGUGUGAGCGAGAGGAACACGAAACAUGGCGUUGAAAGUAUGUGUGAACGAAAAAAGUAUCAAGAUAGUUGCAUAAAUCGUGGACGAGAACCACAACCGGUAAUCCGAUGGUAUUCCGAUGGUGAAUCUUGUUUAACAUACGUCUACAAUUACUGUGAAUCAUUUGUACUCAGUGAUCGGACUUUAAGAACCGAGGAAGAAUGUAAGGAAUUAUGUUUGACGGAUAGUUCUGCCGAUACUGAAAAGUCAAAGAUGCCCUGA